GCGUGGGGGACCCCGCGGCGGCCGUGCGUCUGUCCACGCGGCUGCUGGCGCUGGGGGGGGACGUGACCCUGCGCAGCCGCUGGACCCACAUGAACGCCCUCCAUUACGCCGCCUACUUCGACGUCCCCGAGCUCAUCCGCACCCUCCUGAGGGCGGCGGCACCCCGAGUGCUGCACUCCACCUGCAGCGACUUCAGCCACGGCACCGCGCUGCACAUCGCAGCCUCCAACCUCUGCCUGGGCGCCGUGCGCUGCCUCCUGGAGCACGGGGCCGACCCUGCCCUGCGGAACAGCAAGGGGCAGGUGGCGGCCGAGGUGGUCCCGGACCCCACGGACAUGGCGCUGGACAAGGCGGAGGCGGCGCUGGCGGCGCGGGAGCUGCGGCAGCUGCUGCUGGACGCGGUGCCCCUCAGCUGCAGCCUCCCCCGCGUCACCCUCCCCAACUACGACAACCUCCCCGGAAACCUCAUGCUGCUCUGCCUCGGGCUGCAGCUGGGCGACCGCGUGCGCCUCGACAGCGGCAAGCUGGGCGACCGCGUGCGCCUCGACAGCGGCAAGCUGGGCGACCGCGUGCGCCUCGACAGCGGCAAG